AUGGCUGCACAAGGUUCCAAUGCAACCCCUGAAGUACCUCAAAGAGCUGAUCCUGGCUGGAAGUUUUGUAAGCCAUAUGAUGCGCAUGAUACCAGCCGCUGUAUUUGUAAUUUUUGUGGUAAAAUGACGAAGGGGGGAAUUACAAGAAUGAAGGAGCACUUGAUGGCUAAGCCAGGGAAUGUUGCACCUUGUCCUAAGUGCCCGAAAGAAGUUCGAGAUGAACUGUGGGCAAUUUUGAAUGACAAGAAAAAGAAAGACAGCGAAGCAUAUGAAAGGGUUCGCCUUAAUCUUCUUGAUGAUGACUGCCUCCGUGGUGAUAGUGAUGAGGAACGUGCUAUGGAUGAAGGGCUGGAGAUUGCAACUAGAGAAAAUAAAAAUAAAAAGGUUCUGAAGGGCCAGAUUGAUAUGUACCUCCAAAAACCAGAAAGUGCCAUUGCAAAGAAGAAGAAUGAGAAGUUAAGGCAGGAAAGCAUCAGAGCCUCAUGUGAUAAGGAGUCUACAGCAAGAGUUCAUCAGUAUAUUUCCCGCUUUUGGUAUCAAGCAGGCUUGUCUUUUAACAUGGUUAAGUUACAAAGCUUUCGUGACAUGCUUGCGGCUGUUGGAAGCUUCGGACCUCAUUUAAAACCGCCUUCAUAUCAUGACAUAAGGGUUCCACUUCUUGCAAAGGAGGUAGACUACACUGAGAAUUUGUUGAAGGGCCAGAAGGAGCAAUGGAAAAGAUUUGGUUGCUCUAUUAUGUCCGAUGCAUGGACUGAUAGAAAACAAAGAUCAAUUAUUAACUUAAUGGUGAAUUGUUCAGCUGGAACAAUGUUUCUUAAAUCGGUUGAUGCCUCUGAUUAUGUGAAAACUGGUGAGAAACUAUUUGAGCUGCUUGACUCCAUAAUUGAUGAGGUUGGGGAAGAGAAUGUAGUUCAGGUUAUAACUGACAAUGGCAGCAACUAUGUGAGUGCGGGAAAGAUGCUAGAAGAAAAAAGACCCAACUUAUAUUGGACACCAUGUGCAGCUCACUGCAUAGAUUUAAUGUUGGAAGACAUUGGGAAGAUUCCUCUCAUAAAGAAAACAAUUCAAAGAGCCAUAUCACUUGUUGGUUUCAUUUACGGUCACACUAGUACAUUGAGCUUGUUGAGGUACUAUACCAAGAAAAGAGAAUUGGUAAGGCAUGCUGUUACAAGAUUUGCAACAUCCUAUCUUACAUUGAAAAGAUUGCGGAAGGAGAAGGGGAAAUUGAGGGAGAUGUUUGUGUCACACACUUGGACAAAUAACAAGCUGUCCAACGAGCCAAAAGGAAAGCAAGCCACAAAAACCGUUUUGAUGAACUCUUUCUGGAACAGUGUGUGUUUUAUAUUAAAGUUCUGUUUUUCAGUUUUUCUAUUUUUUUCAAAUCUGAAACUGUUUUUUCACUCUCUUUUUUUCCAUACACUCAAGGUCAUGGGUCCAUUGGUACGUGUACUACGCUUAGCGGACAGCGAGAAGAAACCCGCUAUGGGUUAUAUCUAUGAGGCUAUGGAUAAGGCCAAAGAAGCAAUCAGAGCUUCCCUUCGUGAUGACAAAAGCAAAUAUCAAAAAAUCUGGGACAUCAUAGACAAUAGGUGGAAUAGCCAACUACAUCGACCAUUGCAUGCUACUGGCCACUUCCUAAACCCAGAGUACUACUACAAUGAUUCAGAAUUGGACUAUGAUUUUGAGGUGCAGAAAGGAGUCUAUGAUUGUGUAGAAAGGUUGUCACCUACUGAUGAGCUAAGGAAGAAGAUACUCACCGAGCUACCAAUUUACAAAUCUGGUGGUGGUAUGUUUGGAAGCAAGUUUGCAAUUGAACAAAGGGGCACAAUUGCACCAGCUCAAUGGUGGAGAAUGUAUGGACAAUCAACACCAAAUUUGACAAAGUUGGCAAUAAAGAUUUUAAGUUUGACUUGCAGUGCUUCAGGGUGUGAACGGAAUUGGAGUGUGUUUGAGCAAAUUCAUACAAAGAAAAGAAAUAAGCUUGAGCAUAAGAGACUUGAGGACUUGGUGUUUGUCAAGUAUAAUCAAGCACUAGUAAGAAGGUACAAUAUUAGAGAUGAGUUGGACCCUAUCUCCUUGGAUGACAUUGAUGAGAGCAAUGAAUGGCUAGUGGGGACAAUGGAAGAGGAUGGAGAUGAUGCUGGAAAUGAUAGGGUAUUUCCGGAGGACGACCUCACUUGGGAUGUUGUUUACAAAGCUUCGGGAAUUGGAGAGCCUAGUACUAACACUAGGCGAGGAACUAGAAAGAGAAAAGAGGUCACAACUGCUGCAGGUAAUUCAUCUAAGAAGAAGAAAGGUGCUACUGCUUCCAAGAACGGAAAAGAGCCGAUUGUUAUUGAAGAUGAAGAAGAAGAGAUUUCAGAUAAUGAUUUGGAGGACUCUGAAAUAGAAGCUGAUGGAUAUGUUUCACUUUCUGAUGAAGUGGAUGAUGAAAAUUCUGGGGAGGAGGAAGAGGAUAACGAUGGCGUGAGGAAUGAAAGACCAUCCAACCUAGAUGAUCCAGCAAGAGACUCAACCGCAGAUACUGCCCGAAAUUCCCAAGGUGAAGCGGUGGUAAAUAGAAGGCCCGUGAUGCUGUUGAGUCGUGAUGGAGGCACACCUAGACUUCAGAGGAUUGGAACGCCGGGAUCCAUCUCGGUAGCAAAGAUGAAUGCAGCAGAAAGGAGACAAUUUAGAGCCGCUAUGCACUCAAAUUGCAGCUCUGUGGCAGAGUCAGGGAUUAAGAAUUGCAAUAGAUCCUUUUGGCUGAGGAAUGUUGAAUUAGAAGCAAGGAAAAUAUGGGCGCUGGGAAAAGAGUUUGGGGUUACUGCCGUAGGGAGUGAAGCAGAAAUCAUUAGCAGAUUAAUUGCAAUGGAGCAAAGGGAUGCAGAGGAGGCACAGGUUCAGGCGAAUGGUGAACCAAAUGGGGCAGAAGUUGUGUCAUUAUGA